AUGCCACGUAAGCUACGUAAGAAUAUACGUAAGAGGAAGAGAGCAUUGAAACAUCCAAUAGUAAAACUGACACCACAACAACAGUUGCAACAACAAAUGCUGAAUGACCCCACUAUGUUGCAACAAAUGUCAAGCAAUCCUAUGCUUUUAAACCGAGUUCUUGGUGCACAGAGUGGAGGUUUAAGAGCGGCACUUUUAGCGAAAAUGGCAGGCUAUGGUGGAGCUGCAGACGGAACAGCAUAUAACCCUCAAAGUCAAAUGAAUUUGAGUUCACUCAAAAAUCAAAUAACAGAUGUCAAAAAGUCAAACAUAGACAUACAGAAGCAAAUAAGCGAAAACGAAAAGAAACUAGAAUAUGACAGACACACAAAGAAACUCAAUGAGUUAAACGUAGAGAAAAAGAAGAAAGAGAACAACUGA